ACGCAGCGUCGUCCACCUUUUUGGUAGAAGAUUUAAUUUGAAGAUUUAUCGAAAUAAUUGCCUUGAGAAAUGCGUAGGCGUGAUUUUAUACGAGUGUGGGUGCAACUAGUUAAAAGAGUGGGCAUAAACAAAUAUAGCUCAAAGGAAUGGCAGGAGCACUACAUCAAUUUUUGGAAUUCCAUGCAUUCGAGAACGGAGCCAUUUAUACGAAUUGAUUGUGAGGAAUGUUUAAUUAAAAGCGCAUCCUCAUGUCUGGGCCAGGAGCAGCCACAUUCGCCGAGCUCGAAUCGCAAAACUUGUUCCCACACAGGGGAGAAUGAAUUGGAGCCAAUUUCCAUGUUGCGAAAACGCAUUAAACUGGACAUAAAUGCCAUGAUGCUGCCUCAGUAUAAAACAGCAGCAGUGAACGAGCAUCCAUCUCUUGCUUCCACCAGCAAAAAUUCAAAGAAUACCAAAAAAAAAGCAAAGGAGACAAUAACAAAAAUAACAACUUUGAAUCUAGAUCGCUCGAGCCAGGUGAAGAUUGCACUACCAGAAAAACAAGAGCAACCGGAAAGCAAGAUAAAUAAUAAAACAGAAAUCCAAUUGAUAGAGCAGCCAAAUGAAAUUAUUCCAAAGCAAAAAGCAGCAAAGAAGCCGAACAAUAAGAGGAAUCCAUCAAAAAUAACGAAAUAUGUGGUGCAGCAAAAACCAGAGCUUGACUUAAAGAAGGAGCCCAUUAUCGAAAAGAGGCAAACUCGUUCGCAAAUAAAGAUGAAAUCGUCGGCGAAAAUAGCGAAGCAAACAACGCAACUAAAUACGAAAGUAAAGCGCAACAAUUUUCGUUCAAAAACAGUAAAAAUGAAGGUUGCCAAUAAAGAACCGGCGGGCAAGCCACCGUCAGCCCUUGACUUGACAUGUGGAGCAACAGGUGAUCUAGCUGAUAAUGAUGAUGAUGGUAUCGUUUGCUUAUCAUCGCAAUCGAAAUUGAUACCAACAGUUGAAUCGGGUGAAAAUCUGAGUGUGCCAAAUAUAAGUAUAUUUGAUGAGCUAAUCAAUCAAACCACAUCAUCGAUUUUACCAAAUAGCAAAUCUGAUUAUGAGCUGCAAGAUAUUCACAUUGAGGACUCAAUACGAGUGGCCGAUCCAUUGCCCAGUUGUCAGGAUAUCAGUCUGCUAUUAUCGGAUGAUAUAGUCAAUGCGCUGACCGAAGACAUUCCUGGUGUUGCCGAAAUCGAACGCUGCUUGGCCGGCUUCAGUGACCAAACGCUUAUUGAGAUUGAACAUGAAAUAGGUGAUACCGUCAAUUGCAUUAAUAAUUUGCCCAGUCUAUCAUUCACUGUCAGCGAUAAAACACCUUUGGAAGAGGAUACACUAGCAGAUAAAGUGCUCAAUUAUGAAUUUGAUGAUGGCAAUGAUGAUAUUGAUGCUAUAUCAGUGGACACAUCUUGGAAUGGCGAAGAUGACUUUGAAUCAGAUUUGAAGUAUACAACAGAAGAGCCAAAAGUAAUGCAGCAAAAAUCACCAGCUACUCCCAAAGCGGCUUCUACAGAAUUUAUCAACUUUUGCAUACCAAAGAAAGUGAUUGAGUCGUCUAUGAGCCAAGGAGCAAAGGAGCCGCAGCAACCUAAGGCUUCAAGUGCGCAGCCGCAGUUGCUGCAACAUAGACAAAUGCUGCAGCAUCAGCAGCAGACUAAUCAGAUAACCAACAGCAACCCCAGGCAGUCAAUUCCAGCAGCUAAACCUGCACCGCCUGUGCCCAUUUUUGCGCCACCCCUUCGCCUGCAGCCUCACUCUGGGGCAGUUGUCAACACGAUGCCCGCAAGCAUACUCAAUAUCUAUGCAAGUGACGAUAAUAGAACAACAAUUUUUGGCAUUAAGUGCUGGCGCUAUUUGGAUGGCAGAUGCCAGCAACUCAAUUGCAAUCAUUUGCUCCAUAACAUUGGCGACGUGCAACGUACCCUCAAUCAUCUGCCGCCGGAUAAGGUGCGCGAGAACUAUGGCCUCCUGCUGCGACAUGGCCUCCUCUUUAAAGCCUAUUUCCCACUGUUCGCCGAGACAUUUGCCAGGCGAGGCAUGUUGUCAAAUCUGAUUGAAAUGGUCAAAGAUUGUGAUCUCUAUUUGGCGUUUAGUGUGCCCUUUCUCACGGAGCUUUAUCAGCUACUGGUGCGCUGUGGGCUGACUCCGGACGUGGCAGCGUCGCACUUUAUGAAUCAUUUGUGGAAGCCACACAAUGCAGCAACGCAUCCUGCAUUAUUUGAACAUCUACUUCGCAUAUUGGCCUCGGCUAAUUGGAUUAAUUACAGUGAGCAACUGGAGCAUCUGUUCAAAAGUGGUUUCCCUGUACCAACUGCAUUCUUCAAAUCUAUUUUAAAAGAUGCCAUCGACAAGAAUCAAAUAGUUCUGGCUGAAAAGGUGCAACAGAUAGCGGGCAUCAUUAUCAGGCAGUCAUCAUCAUCCACGCAACAUGCUCCUUCUUUUCCUCCAAUUGUUAUGAGAUCGGACAACAGAUUUCUGUCACAUCAGAAUCAACAGUUUUGAUAAGCAAGUCGAGAUGAAUAUCGGACUUACCUAAGACAACGUCUCAUGAAGGCCUUGCAGAAUUUUGAUAUUAAUUUCAGUUGAAGCGCUGUUGAGCAGCGCAUACUUGUUUCUUUUAUAAAAGUACUUAAUGAAAAAGUGUAUUUUUUGAG